AUGCCCAAAUAUGAGAUGGAUUGUUCCAAUAAUGAAAGUCACAGCCUUGAGUUUGUGUCCCUGGAAUUCUGCAUUGGCACUUUCCAUGUUGAGGUGAAAGAAUGGGAUGAAAAUGGGGUGGGUCGAUGGAAGACAUAUCGGAGGCAGAAAAGAGAAUGGAUUAAAUUUGCAGCAGCCAUUAGAGAAGAAGAAGAUAAUUCCAGAAGAAAUCCAAUUGCUAAGAUUCGAUCAGAUUGUGAAGAAACCCAACCACUUAUAUACAAAAUAACCGGAGAAGGGGUUGAUCAGCAUCCCAUUGGAGUAUUUGUCAUCAAUCAAAGGACUGGUGAAAUUAACAUAACCAAAAAAGUAGAUCGAGAGAAAAAUCCAAUAUUUAUUAUAAUGUGUCAUGCUAUAAAUACUAUCACUGGGCAAUCAAUAGAAACAAAACUUGAGCUUCGAAUUCGGGUUCUGGAUAUAAAUGACAAUGCACCACAAUUUACACAAACCACCUUCGCAGGGUCAAUAAUAGAAAGCAGCAUGGAGAACACACUGGUGAUGAAAAUAACUGCUACAGAUGCAGAUGAGCCCAAUACUCUUAAUUCCAAAAUUGCCUACAAGAUUCUGAGUCAAACUCCAGGAGGUCCGUCAAAAUUCAUUCUGAAGUCAGAAAGUGGAGAACUGCACAUUGCAAAUGUCCUUGAUAGAGAGGAAUCUGGAAAAUACACUCUGGUUGUGCAAGCCACAGACAGGGAUGGAGGUCCAGAUGGCAUAUCAUCUGAAUCUUUAUGUCAAGUUACUGUUGAAGAUGUAAAUGACAAUUUUCCAACUCUUUCACAGAGCUCGUAUUCCAUAACAAUCGUAGAAAACUCCCUCAGUCAAGAAGUGCUGAGAAUACAAGCUACUGAUCUAGAUUUAGAAUUCACAGAUAACUGGUUUGCAGAUUUCUUCUUUAUCGAUGGAAAUGAAAACAACAACUUUGAAAUAAUACUAGACCGAGAAACUAAUGAGGGUAUCGUGAGAGUGAUAAAGGAACUUGAUUAUGAACAAGCAUCAAGCCUGACUCUGAGCAUUGGUGUUCGAAAUAUAGCUCCUUUCCAUUCAUCUGUGGCUUCUCAAUACCAAGUUCGUGGCACCCCGCUUAUAGUACAAGUUACCAAUAUAGUUGAAGGGCCAAGGUUUAAUCCAUCAUCAUUGACUAUUACUGUAUCUGAAGGCUUAACAAGUGAAGAUAUACUUACUUACUCAGCUGGAACAUACCAAGCCAUUGAUCUGGAUACUGGAAAAAUUGCCACAAAUGUUCGGUAUCAGAUGGGACGCGAUCCAGACGCCUUGUUUCGAAUAAACCCCGUUUCUGGAGAUAUCACAUUUAGCAAAGUGAUUGAUCGGGAGUCAAUCCAUGUAGUGAAUGGCGUAUACAAAGCAGAGGUACUAGCCAUCUGUAAAGAUAGUCCUUACACAACCGCUACUGGUACAAUUGAGCUUACUAUACAAGAUGUUAAUGAUAACUGCCCGUUUGUGACAAAUGAAAUCAGAAGAGUAUGUAUGGAUAACCCAACGGUAGUGAUCACAGCUAAAGAUCUAGAUGAUCAUCCAUAUGGACCGCCUUUUAAGUUUACUAUAGUGGCUCAAUCUGAUAGAGGUUCAUGGAAUAUCAGAAUGGUGAAUGAUACCUCUGCAGCACUGUUCUCCAACAAUAUAGAUUUUGUCAUUCAUGAGGUCCAAGUUAAAGUGUUUGACAACAGUGGCAUGAGCUGUGAAAGGCCACUGGUAGUUCCUUUGCAAGCUUGUCAUUGUGAUCGCAAUGGAAUGUGUGUCAAUCCUGCUACUAAAAGAGUCAGAAUUACUAUAGUCGGAGGUGGAGCUGUAGGAGGAGGAGGAGCUGGAGGUGGUGGGGCUGGAGGUGGUGGGGCUGGAGGUGGUGCUGCUGGAGGUGGUGGUGGCGCUGGAGGUGGUGGCGCUGGAGGUGGAGGUUUGGGUACAGGUGGAGGAGGAGGAUUUGGUGGAGGAGGACUUGGUGGAGGAGGGCUUGGUGGAGGAGGACUUGGUGGAGGAGGACUUGGUACAGGAGGAGGUGGCACAGGAGAAUAUGGAGAUGGUGAAGGAGGAGGUAUAGGAAUAGGAGGUGGAGGGACAGGUGGUGGUUGGGGAGGUGGUGGUGAAAUUGAUGAUGGUCGUGGUACUAGCUAUCUUCCUGCACCAAGAGAGCGUGGAUCAACUGCACUUAGCGGUGCUGCCAUUUUUCUGAUAUUUCUCGGAGGAUUAAUAUUUGUGCUGGUUCCAAUCCUAAUGUCACAAAGUGACUGUUGUGGCUACUGUAGAUCAGGCCCUUCUGGUGGAGUUGGCGCUGGAUUUGAGCCUGUGCCUGAAUACACAGAAGGAGCUAUUCAUUCCUGGGGAAUUGAAGGAGCACAGCCUGAAGACCGGGAUGUUUCAAAUAUUUGUGCACCUGCAACAACUGCAAUUGGGGGUGACUAUGGUGAUUCUUCAGAUAUCUACCAUACUAAAUUUGGAGGAGGAGGAGGAGGAGUGGUGAGCAGAGAAGAAACCACGGGACUUGGUGCAGUUAAAGGCUAUGGAACAACAGGAACUAUAGGUUACGAUACAGCUACAGGCUAUGGAACAACAGGAAGAACAAAGGAGACAUAUGGAGGGACAAUAAAAGAAUACAGAGAAAGUGGAGUGAAUAUGGCUUUCUUAGACAGUUAUUUUUCUGAGAAAGCAUUUGCUUAUGCCGAUGAAGAUGAAGGCAGACCUGCAAAUGAUUGCCUCCUGAUAUAUGAUCAUGAGGGGAUAGGCACGCCCGUUGGUUCUGUUGGCUGUUGCAGUUUUAUUGGGGAUGAUUUAGAUGACACUUACCUGGAUACACUGGGACCUAAGUUUAAGACCUUGGCAGAAAUCUGCCUGGGUGUAGAAAUUGAGCCAUUUCCAGAUCCAAAUGCAGUUUGGCCCAAUCCUGAAGUUGACCUGAACCUGCCGCCACCUGGAACAACCAUUGUUGUCAACACAUCUUCAACUUUACCUAUGCCUCCCCCAACUAGCACAAGGGUUAUUACUGAAAAUACCUAUGCAACUACUUCGUCUGUACAGCCUCCCAGGCCUGUGCCUGAACCUGUGCUCCAUGGUAAUGUUGUGGUAACCGAGACAUACACAUCUGGGUCACCAUUGAAACCUCCCACAAUUAAUGUUGAUCCUUUAGUUGGAUCAAAUGUUGUGGUAACCGAAAGGGUGCUUGCUCCUGCCCCAGUUACCGAUUUACAUGGCAUGAUAGAUAUUCCUGAGCUACCAGAUGGGGCAAAUGUGGUGGUCACAGAAAGGGUCAUCGCUCCAAAUUCAAGGAUACCUUCUUCCAUGAGCAUUCCUAAUCUGGCCGAGGGGUCAAAUGUUGUGGUGACAGAAAGAGUGAUCCGACCUGCCACAAGUGUACAAGGCAGUUUAAGCAUGCCUCCUGAAUUAUCAGGUUCACAUAAUGUGGUUGUUACAGAGAGAGUGGUAUCUGGGGCAGGAGUGACAGGUGGUGUUGGCAACAUGGGCAUGGCAUCUGGGGCAGGAAUGAGUGGUGGUGGAGUUGUUGGGAGUCUGGGUCAAAUGCUUGGUCCUGAUAAUCUCCUCAGCCAGACGAUGGGAUCUGCUUCCCCUGCUACAUCUCGCAGAAGGGUAACAAAGUACAGCACUAUACAGUAUUCUAAUCAAUAAAGCCACUCACAGUGAUGUGCUGUUGCAAAACUAUCAUAGAUUCUCCACCAAACAACAUUUUGUGUAUGGUUUAUUUUUACAUAUAACGAACUGCACAAGGAGGUAAAAUGAAUUAUUCUUUCCUGAAAAAGAAUCAUGUAAAGCUUCCCAGGUCCAAAAGGAAACACAGAGGAAGUGUCCACAUAGGAAAACUCUGGUGCAUGUUUUCCCCAAAAUAUAAUUGGGCACAAAAAGUCUUUUGUACAUAACUGUACUCUUCCCUCUCCCCCCC